AAAAAAAAAAAAAAAGGAAUCGUCUUCUCUUCCUUUUGCCUUCCACAACCUUCGUGACACCUCAUCAUCAUCUCUCUCUCUCUCUCCCACCUUCUCCGUCCCGUUCCGUUCUCCUCCCUAAAACAGUUUCGGAUUUCUUGAUUCUGAUCUGAUCAGAAAUAUUUGAUCGGCGAGGCGAUUUAUGGAGUCUAUAUCUCCCGUAUCGAAUCAAGUUACUCAACCAACAACAACAACGACCUCUACUUCCGAUCGUUCCCGUCGUAAGCGGAGGAAGAAAUCUCAACCAUCAACGGUUGAUUCAUCAUCUCAGUCGUCUCAAUCAACAUCGUUGGAGAAAUGGAGAUCGGAGAAGCAGCAACAGAUCUACUCAACGAAACUAGUCCGUGCUUUAAGAGAGCUACGAAUCAGUCAACAACCGUCGUCGUCUUCAUCGAAUCCACGUGGCGGUGGUGGUGGUAGAGCCGUACGCGAAGUCGCGGACAGAGCUUUAGCAGUUGCGGCGAGAGGUAAAACACUUUGGAGUCGAGCGAUAUUAUCGAAAGCCGUUAAACUCAAAUUCAGGAAACAGAAACGGCAGAGAGUCUCGAACCCGACGACGACGAACACGAGGACGACGUUGUUAACGACCGGGAGUAUCAGGUCGAAGAAACAGAGAGCGACGGUUUUGAGGCUAAAGGCAAAAGGAUUGCCAGCUGUACAGAGGAAAGUGAAAGUUCUGAGCCGGUUAGUUCCCGGUUGCCGUAAACAAACCUUACCGGUGGUUUUAGAGUUUUCUUCAUAUUAUUAUUCUUCUCAUCUCACUGUAUUGUUUGGUGUUUGAAUAUUUUUACUUUUAUUCAACUUUUUUAUUUACUAUUUUCAUCAUUUAUGUAUAUCCUUUUCUUUCUUCUUGAAUCUCUAUGUUUACCAAAAAUAGUGCCGGAAAAAAAGAACAGGACAGUGAUUGGUUUCUGUAAUAAUAAUCGUAAUAAAUUUUUCAGUUUCUUGAUAA